AUGUUGACAUGGGAGGCUCCGAGAACGGACACACAGCUAAUGAGCUUCCUAGGGUUUGCCAAUUAUUACCGUGAAUUCAUCAAAGGUUAUGCAGACAAGGUGCAUCCAAUGCAGAGGAUGAUGCGCAACAAAGGAAAGAAGUUCGAAUGGAACGAUGAAGCACAGGUUGCCUUCGAGAACAUAAAGCGGGAACUGUGUGAAGCGCCAGUGCUAGGCAUGCCUACAGAAAACGGCAUGUAUGUUUUUGACACAGACCCAUCGGAAGUAGCCAUCUCAGGAAUAUUGCAUCAGGAGCAAGAAUGGAAUGGAAAAACGGUUCUCCGUCCCAUUGCAUAUGGCAGCAAGGCCUUGAGUGACACUGAGAUGAAAUAUGGUACACCAAAAGCAUAA